AUGUCGUGUCAUGUGACGUGCAACGAGUGUAUUCCUUUGAAUAAUAAACCAAAAAAUUGGUGGCAUCAUCGUUCGAUUAAGAUUAUUGGGUUCGCAUUCACACUGUUAACAAUUUCAACGGUUUGUAUUACUCUCUUCUGGAAAUUUAAUAAUUCUCAACGUGAGACAUCAACUAUCAUCAGAACGAUCGAGAAGUCAAGAUGGUCUCUUACAGGUAGUAUGCGCUACGCACGCGGUGGACAUAACGCGAUUCUGUUGCAUAACAAGAAAGUAUUAGUAACGGGCGGUGCUAAUCGAAAUGAUGGUAUUUUGAAGAGCGCAGAACUCUAUGAUGCAUUAAGUAAAUCAUGGGAACUGACUGGAACCAUGGUGAACUCACGAAUUGGACAUGCCGUAAUCAUGCUCAAUAAUAAAACAGUCUUGGCUGUAUCUGGUGAUAACGAUAGUGGUAUGACUACGAGUACUGAACUAUAUGAUCCAUUCACAGAAACGUGGACACCUACUGGCGAUGUUCAUUUUGGUCGUAAUGGACAUACAGCGUCCUUAUUAGCAGAUGGAAAGAUUUUGAUUGUUGGUGGUUUUGAUGAAAGUUAUAAUCGAUUGAAAAGUGCCGAAAUUUAUGAUCCAACUACUGGAGUAUGGACAAUUACCGGUAGUAUGAGCAAUGGACGAGAUUAUCAUCAAGCAUGUGUCCUAGGAAGCGGAAAAGUAUUGGUGAUUGGUGGAAAUGGGCCUCCUCCUAAUGCGACAAAUACUUGUGAACUAUAUGAUCCAUUAACAGGAAAAUGGGCGUCUACUGGUAGUCUGAAUAUUGCACGAGUCUUUCAUACAGCGACUCUGUUACUGAAUGGAAAAGUUCUAGUUAGUGGAGGAUGGACAAUUGGUGGCUCGCAAAGUUGUGCAGAAUUAUACGAUCCAUUGACAGAGAAAUGGACAAUGACUCGUAAUAUGUCAUCUCCACGAAGUAGUCAUAGAGCAGUUCUAUUACAAGAUGGAAAGGUUUUAGUGAGCGGUGGAUUCGGCAAUCCUUCGACUGGUAAUAGUACAGAACUGUAUGAUCCGUUAGAAGAGACAUGGACAUUCGCUGGCCGUAUGAAUUACACACGCGAAUAUCAUACAGCCACAUUAUUAGAGGAUGGAAAAGUAUUAGUAGCAGGUGGAUCGUAUCAGACCACACAUUUUCUGAACAGUGCCGAAAUAUACGAUCCAUCCAAAUACUUUCUCUAUUAG